UGUGCUUCUAAGGCUCAAGGCAUCUCAACAAAAGAUAAAAAUUUAGAGUAAUCGAUAAAGCAAACUUUAAAUUGUUAUUCGCGAUGCAUGCCUUCAUCACUCUUUGCUUCCUGGUUGUCAUCAUAUGUGCUCUCCAUUUCACUGAGGGAGCAUACAAGAAGCCGCCAUUUAACGGUUCCAUUUUUGGAAAACGGGGCUACGUCGAAAAUGAUUCAACAGGCAGAGCCUUGUCUGCCCUCUGUGAAAUUGCCUCUGAAACAUGCCAGGCGUGGUAUCAAGCCUUGGAAAAUAAUUAAUUUUAUACAAUCUAUUUCCUUCGAAAUCUCCUAAAAGUAA